CGCCUUAUGUACGUAGAUGCUUUUGCAUUACGUAUUCUCGAACUGUUCAUAAGUGGUAGCGGAAAAUUUCCGUGUCCGAUUGCGCACGAGCGAUGCAACACACGAUAUAACUGCGUUAGGAGUCGUGAAGUUAAUAUUUGUCACGAGACGCAAGUUUUUCGCGUCCAAUGCGUGUAAAAUAUUGUUGGAAUAUUUACAAAUCAUGACGACUACCGUGACGGAUGUACAGCAACCCGAUUAUGGAAAAUAUCAGCAGAUGCAGAAAGUAGAGUUGACACCAGAGGAGGCAAAAGCUUGGCAGGCAUGUGUGAAAAGUUCUAGUGUCAUAAUGCCAGCACUUGUCGGUGCAGCCAUUGGAUACGGAGCGUUAAGAAUAACCCCAUUUCGCGCUCAAGCGAAAUACGCGGCUAUAGUUGGCAGUGUGUUUGGCCUGAUAUCGGGCAGGAUGGCCAUUUCUCAAAUAUGCCUAGCGAAAGUUGCAUCUUUACCAAACAGUACUCUCAGGGAUAGAUUAAUAGAAGCUGGCUAUUAUGGAAAUAAUAGACCUAUGAGAGAGGGACAGUAUCAAGGCUUUCAACCAUUGGAUGUGCAAUCUGAAAUUCAGAGCUCGGAUGAACCAUCCACAGCAGUAGUAUUCAACGAUUAUCCGUCAGUGAACACAAAUGAUGGAUAUUCUAGUUUUAACGAUAGCAGUGAUUUCCACAUCUCCGAGGAUACAGAUCUAACUGAACCGGUAAAUUUGCAAAAAGGCACUAGUUACGACGAGUUGAGGCACAAAAAUAGGGACGAAUUUUAUAAGAAAAACAAACAAUGGUACACUCCUAGAACGCCAGAAAGACCUCCAUUAGCGAACGAAACGAACCAACGGGUUCCUACAACCAGCAGUACUUUACCGAUGCAGGAGAGAACUAAAUACGGUGACGUGUGGGGUUAAAGUCAAAUCGUCAGAAUCUGUAAUCUUUUUCAUUACCAUGUAUUACGAAUACUGUAUGUAUAUAUGUAGAUUAUAUUUCGAAUUAUAUGAAUAAGAUUAGGAAAAGGAAAAAUUCAAAUCUUAAUUAAAAAUAUAUAAAGAAAAUAAACGAUAUGAAUCACG